GGCAGUUGUUUGUUUACAAAAGUGUCAGAGCAAGCGAGGGUGUUUUUGGAGGAUUUUUGUCAAGAUCCUGCCUGGUUUUCCAUGAAAAUUCUCUCAAUCCAUGGAGGAGAAUCAAUUGGAGUCUCCACGGAAAAUACUCGAACGACUGAAAGAGCUGCGAAAGUGGCAGGAAGAACAGGAAAAACUUCUAAUAGCUAAGCAAUCGCAUCAGAGGAAGCUUCUGGCCCAGGAACAGAGUAAAUUGUAUGAAAUGCUGGGAUGUCUGUCGCCCAGGAACUCUCAGGUAACUUCCCAGGAGGGCCUGAAGAACAGGGUAAGUGGAGAUGGAGAAUUCAUUGAAAGACUGAGCAGUGAUUCGUUGAAAAAGUCUUCUCUGAUGGCUAAGCCAAGUCAGGAGGCUCCUAAAAAAUCCCCCGUUAACAAGAAACCCUUCCUGAGACGCGGAGAGGGUCUAACUAGUAGAUUUCGUGUCAAUCCUGACCAUUUUAAUCUCAAGAAUGUCCCUAAGUACAAAUAUUCCCUUGCUAAUAAAAGAGCGAUGAAACAGAAUAAAGAGAACGUUGAGAAGGUUCCGGAAGACCUUCCUGCGAAGAAAAAUGACCGGAAGAGUCCGAAAAAGGAUGAAUCUUCGGAAGUUCUGAGUAGUAAAUCUCCUCAGGCUGAAGGUCCCUCAGAGAGAUCUUGGGCAAAUUUGCUGGAAGCAAUGAAUCUCGAUCCUGGAAAAGCUUCAGAGCUUUUUCAGGACUUUGUAAAGAUGAGACUCAAUACUUCCCUGGAGAGCUUCAACAAGGGAAGAUGCAAUGGCCUGGAUGACUUGAGUAUCUUUGAAUUGUUGGAGGAGAAGCUCCAGAAUUCGAGUUUCUCCUCAAAUUCCAGCACAGUCCGGAGGCUUCUGAAAUACGAUGAAGCCAGGACAGAGGAGAUCCCUCCCGAAGAGGAUCCCAAGCCGAUCCCAGAGUCCUCAGAUGAGGAAUCUGAGGAAGAAAUCCCACCCAGGAAGCAUCAAGUGAGAUUUUGUGAAAAAGUGGAAGUCAAUCAGUUCAGUGAUUCCUCAUCCGAAGAUGAAGAUCAAGAGGGAAAUAUGGUGUCCACUCCGCAAAAGGCUGAUGAUGAAUUCUUGGAUUUCAAAGUGAAUCUCGAGAGGAAACUGGGAAAAUUCCCAGACAGUGCCUCAGAAGGGGAUUCAAGGGAAGAAUUGCUGACCAAGCGAAGCGAAGAGAUCAAGGAACGCCUCAGAGAGUUAGAGGAGGAAAUUGAGAAGUUCCGGAACCAAAACAUUGCCCUGACGAAGGAGAAGCAAGUCCAUGAGCUGUCAAAAGUCGAUCUGGAAAAUCGUCGACUGGAACUGGAGGAUCAGAUGAAUGAUGAGCGUAUCAAGAUGGAGCUCUACUUCCACGAUGAACGCAUGAAGAUAGCCAAUGACAAAGCCAGAUACGAGAAGCUCCUCAAGGACUUCAAAGUGCCGACAAAGAAGGAGCGCGAGGAGAUCAAAAGGCUCAAAGAAAAAGUCGAGGAACUAGAAAAAGAGCUCAAGGAUAAGGUAGCCAAGCAUGGAGCUGCCCAGAGUCGUCACAGAUCCCAAAUCCGGGGCCUGGAAAAAGAGAUCAAGGAGCAAGGACAAGAAAUUGAGCAGCUCAAGAAGGAGAAUCGCAAGCUAGAAGCCGAGAACGUGAGACUAAGGAGACAGAGCAACAAUAAAACUCUCCAGGAGAUCAAGAGAAAUAUCGCCAAACUAGCUCCUGCAGCAACUUCCAGUCCUCCUGUCCAGGAAACCUCAGAACAGCGCAAGAAAAAAUCCUCUCCGGCCAAUCAGGCCAAAGGAAAGCGAUUGGAAGCUCAAAAAACCAUUCACCUGGACGAUGAUCUCUAUUCCUCCGAUCUGUCCAGUGAAUCCGAGGAGGAGGAUGACACCCCAAGAAAUGAACUUCCUCCAGAAAAGAGGCUCAGCGGUGGAUCUCAAGAUUCUGCCCAGAAAAUGGAUCUCAAAGAUCUCAAGCGAGAAAUUGUGAAUUCUGACGGAAGUCGAGACAUUUGGUACCCAAAUGGGAAUCUCAAGAAGAUCUCGUCUGACGGGAUGCUGAUCAGGAUGCUGUACUUCAACAAGGACAUCAAGGAGACGGAUUUCAAUGGCGGAACAGUGAAAUAUUACUACGCAGAGAGCAAUACUUGGCACACGAGCUAUCUGGACGGAUUGGAGAUUUACGAGUAUCCCAACGGUGAGACGAAGCACAUCCAGAAGGACGGAACUGUUGAGAUUCACUUUCCCAAUGGAGCUGUGCUGACGAAGAAGCCGCAGCCCGAUGGGAGUUUCCAGGAGGAGUGGCAGUAUGUGGAUGGGACUCAGAUCAGCCGGAAGAAUGGCGAGAAGAUCUUCACGUUUCCCAAUGGGCAGCGAGAGAUCCACAGCACUGACCACAAGAGGAGAGAGUACCCCGACGGAACAGUGAAGAUUGUGUACAACGACGGGAGUCAGGAAACACGAUACUCAAAUGGCAGGGUGAGACUCAAGGAUCCCACCGGGAAGCUCAUCAUGGAUUCAGAGACAAAGUCUUACAAAUGUGAUAGCUGAGGCCUUUUAUUCUACUUUUUCGCCGGGAAUUGUAUAAAUACAGAAAAAAAACAGUUUCUAAUGGGAA